AUGGGGUGCUGGAUCUUGCACGAGGGUCUCACCAUCAUUUUAGUACUCCUAUGGCUGGGAGUGAAUUUGUAUCUGUUUAUUGACACAUUCUGUUGGUAUGAAGAGGAGGAAUCUUUCUACUACACACGAGCUAUCUUGGGUUCAGCCCUGGCUUGGGCACGAGCAUCAGCACUGUGUCUGAAUUUUAACUGCAUGCUAAUUCUACUGCCUAUCAGCCGAAAUCUUAUUUCAUUCAUUAGAGGAACAAGUAUUUGCUGCAGAGGACCAUGGAGGAGGCAAUUAGACAAAAACCUCAAAUUUCACAAGCUGGUUGCCUAUGGGAUAGCUGUUAAUGCAACCAUCCACAUCGUGGCACAUGUGUUGAACUUGGAGCACUACCACGCGAGCCAGGCAGAGGGAGCCGAGGGGCUUGUGGCUGCACUUUCCAAACUCGGCAACGCCCUGAAUGAGACCUACCUCAACCCCGUUCGGACCUUCCACACUAACACAAUCACCGAGUUGUUGAGAACAACAGCAGGCAUCACUGGCCUAGUAAUUUCUCUGGCUUUAAUCUUGAUCAUGACAUCGUCAACUGAGUUCAUCAGACGGGUCUCCUAUGAGCUGUUCUGGUAUACCCACCACGUUUUCAUCAUCUUCUUCAUCGGUCUGGCUAUCCAUGGGGCAGGUGGAAUUGUUCGAGGCCAGACCCCAGAGAGUCUCUCGCUCCACAACAUCACCUUCUGUAGAAACCACCACGCUGAAUGGCAGGCGGCUGCCCUGUGCCCGGUGCCUCAAUUUUCUGGCAAGGAACCCUCGGCUUGGAAAUGGGUUUUAGGCCCUGUGGUCUUGUAUGCAUGUGAAAGAAUAAUUAGGUUCUGGAGAUUUCAACAAGAAGUUGUCAUUACCAAGGUGGUGAGCCACCCCUCCAGAGUCUUAGAACUUCACAUGAAAAAGCGUGGCUUUCAAAUGGCACCGGGGCAGUACAUCUUGGUACAGUGCCCCUCCAUAUCCCGGCUGGAGUGGCACCCCUUCACCCUCACCUCCGCCCCCCAGGAGGAUUUCUUCAGCGUGCACAUCCGGGCAGCAGGAGACUGGACGAGAGCUCUCCUGGAGGCCUUUGGAGCAGAGGGACAGACCCCCAAGGAGCUCUGGAGCCUACCAAGGCUGGCAGUGGACGGGCCAUUCGGAGCUGCUCUGACAGAUGUGUUUCACUACCCCGUGAGCGUGUGCAUUGCUGCGGGCAUCGGAGUCACCCCCUUCGCCGCUCUUCUGAAAUCUAUAUGGUACAAGUGUUGUGAUUCACAGACCCGAAUGAAGCUGAGCAAGGUGUAUUUCUACUGGAUUUGCCGGGAAGCGAGGGCUUUUGAGUGGUUUGCCAAUCUCUUACUCUCCCUGGAAACACGGAUGAGUGAGCAAGGGAAAACUCACUUUCUGAGUUACCACAUAUUUCUUACUGGCUGGGAUGAAAAUCAGGCUCUUCACAUAGCUUUGCACUGGGAUGAAAAUACCGAUGUGAUCACAGGCUUAAAGCAGAAAACCUUCUAUGGGAGACCUCACUGGGACGACGAGUUCAAGCGGAUGGCCUACUCUCACCCCGGCAGCAGUAUUGGCAUGUUCUUCUGCGGACCCAAAGCUCUCUCAAGAACACUCCAAAGGAUGUGCCGCUUAUAUUCCUCAGCAGACCCCAGGGGCGUUCACUUCUAUUACAAUGAGGAAAGCUUCUAG